AUGGACUACGAUGAAUACGUGAAGAAGAUGAUCAAGUGUGGCGAAUGGGGUGAUCGUGUAACAUUGCAAGCUGCUGCAGAUUUAUAUGAAUUAGCGGGUAAUAUGAAAGUUCGUAUGAGGAAGUUUGCAUCUGGUCUCUCGAAUGAUCUGGUGUUGGAAUACAAGGAAGAUAUGCUUAAUAAAGAUAUAGAUUUCUCCAGGAGUGUAGGGUACUUAAUCCCAGGGGAGGGCGACCCAGUUGUUUACACUAUAUCCUUAUUGCGGUAUUUGAAGAACCAUCCAGGAAGGUGUAUCUAUGGUGAGCAUGUGUGUUAUACUUGUGAUCAGUCAGGUUAUUUCAAGAGGGACUGCCCUACCGUUAAAGGAAGUGUUGAAGGCACUAAGUCCCAAGAAAAUUCCACAGCCCCACCCCCACUCAAGGUUGCUACUUCAGCUACCGGAGGCAAUCGCAGCCAGUUAUAUGCUUUAUCUAACCACCAGGAUGCAGAGGCUUCGCCAGAUGUUGUUACGGGUAUGUUAUAA